AUGUCCUUCAACAACCAUUUGGCGUUUAAUAUAUCAAAAGCCACACCAACCACUUCAACAACUAAUACGAAUACUACGUCAACGCCGUUAUCAUCGCCACCACUCAAGUCCACUUCAACCAAUGAGAUCUCGGCGGCUCCUAGCAACCGAGGCGAUCAGAAUAUUCCACUAAUCCACAACAUUCUCUCGAAACAAUCGAAUGAUUCGUCUCCCAAAAUUGCUGGUGUUAGCACAACCACUGGCUUGAGUGGUGUCACCCCCACUGCGGUGAGUCUGUCUGAUCUGAAAGAUAAACAUGACCUCCUUGAUCUUCUUGGCAAGUACGAUGUUGAACAUCGAGACUCGCUCAUUUCAGACAUCAAUGAUGAUGUAGACCUGUUGGAGGAGAAAAUGAAGCAAUUUGAGGUCAACAAGAAGGACGAUGACGAUGGUGGUCAUCCACAAAACAGUGAUAUCAUUCUGCUUGAUGAAUCUCCUUCUGAGAAGGUCCAAUACUCUGGCAAGCAGACGGAAACUACUGACAAUUCAAUCACGAAGACGGCGGAACCAUUAGCUGGCUCCAGUGCCGACGAUAAUCGUUCGCCAGACAUAUCCUCCAUGACCGUGCAACCUUAUAUCAUUCCUGAUGAUUCCAUGUCAGCUCAACCUUAUUUUAUUGCUGAUGAACCUGUGAUCCAGAUCAAUGAUGUUCCUGCUACAACUGAUAAGACGAACACAGGGGACAUUCAAGGUUUCGAUCAGGAUGGAGACCUUCUCAACAUGAAUUCUAUUCACCCAGCUGAAGAGCUCCAGGGCGUCGCAUCGAUGACCCCGCAACCCACGCAACCUCCGGCUGUUCGUCCAAAGCUGCACAGAAAGGACUCUAUUGCUAGAGCUAGUGAAACCGUGAAUCCUCGUGAAAGAUACCAGCAAUCACAUAAACCUUUCGAUUUCCAGAUAUUCCUCAACCACUUGAAAAAGAAAAGUGCAGAUCCAAUUGUGAGAUAUACACGGUCGUUUUUGGUUUCCUUCUCCAAACGUGCCAACUCCAUGACUGGAGAACAAAUGAUUUUGGCAAACCGUCAGUUCAAGGAAUUCCUCAAUGAAAAGUUUAAAGAUUAUGAGCCUUUUGCUUCAAUGGAUGAUGUGGACUUGGAGAAUUCUGGAGAGGGUGUGGAGAAAUUGAUCAUGAACAGAUUGUACGAUUACUGUUUCUCUCCUGAGGCUAUCAAGAAAUUUGGCUCCAAUUCGUCGACAGUAGUCUUUGAAGAUCUCAAAGAAGACCAGGAGUUUAUAUUGAGUGUCGAAAAGUUCAGCUGGAUCCUGGGAGUUCACUUGGAUGUCGACCUUGACGAUAUAGCGAGACGCAAGCAUGAAACAUCUAAAGAAAGUAUGAAUUACUUGGAUUAUGCAACUGAGCAGAUCAACAAGAUGAAUACCUACCGUGCUCCAAGAGAUAAGAUCAUUUGUAUAUUGAACUCAUGCAAAAUCAUCUUCAACAUGUUGAAAGUCAGCAAUCAGGAGACCAAUGCUGAUGCUUUUAUGCCAUUGCUAAUACUUUUGAUCAUAAAGGCCAAAACGCCAAACUUGAUGAGUAAUUUGCAUUACAUUGAGCGGUACCGUGGAGAGGAGUGGCUUAAUCAUGGUGAAACGAGCUAUUAUCUUUCUUCUAUUCAGGGUGCCAUUAGCUUCGUUCGCAAUAUCAAAAAGGAAGACUUGACAAUUGGAGAUGACGAAUGGAAUGCCAAUAUGGAAGCCUGGGAGGCAGAAUUGAGACAGCGACCACCCGUUGUCAAUCCCAUUCCCAUCCGAGGAACACUUAAGCAACAGGAAACAACGAGGCCGAUGUCUUCGUCAGAGGUUAUCUUUGCAAGUGCAGAAAUGUUCACCAAAUCUAUCUCAAACUUCAUAUCUCCGUCUCCUCAAGAGCGUUCGCCUCCUCCACCUCCGCCUCAGUCAUCAACAUCCGGAGGAGAUACUCAACCAAGCGAAGAAGAAAUUGACCUGGUGUUUGGUCAAUUGAUAGAAGUUUUUCCAACUCUUGACAAAGCGAUUUUGAGAGACAUUAUUAUAAUGAAUGGGGCUAAUAUUGACCAGUCUUUAGAUAUCUGUCUCACAUUGGUGAGUGAGAGCUAA